AUGAUCGUAUUUCAUUGGCUGCUUGUUCUAGGUCGCGAGGAGCUGUCGCCGGCGUCGAGCGUGAACGGCUGCAGCACGGAUGGGGAGGCGAGAAGGCAGAAGAAGGGCCCCGCGCCUCGGCAGCAGGAGGAACUAUGCCUCGUCUGCGGAGACCGAGCCUCCGGAUAUCACUACAACGCACUCACAUGCGAAGGAUGCAAAGGCUUCUUCAGGCGGAGUGUCACUAAGAACGCGGUGUACAUUUGCAAGUUCGGACAUGCGUGCGAGAUGGACAUGUACAUGCGCCGGAAGUGCCAGGAGUGCCGGCUGAAGAAGUGCCUGGCGGUCGGCAUGAGGCCCGAGUGCGUCGUCCCCGAGACCCAGUGCGCGAUGAAAAGGAAAGAGAAGAAAGCGCAGAGGGAGAAGGACAAGUUGCCGGUCAGCACGACCACAGUCGACGACCACAUGCCACCGAUCAUGCAAUGUGAUCCACCUCCGCCAGAGGCCGCUCGGAUUCUGGAAUGUUUGCAGCACGACUUGGUACCGCGGUUCCUCCCGGACAAGUUGCUCGAGCAGAACAGGCUGAAGAACAUACCCCCGCUGACCACCAACCAGCAGUUCCUCAUUGCGAGGCUCGUCUGGUACCAGGACGGCUAUGAGCAGCCCUCCGAAGAAGACCUCAAACGGGUGACACAAACGUGGCAGCAGGGCGAUGAAGAGGAGGAGGAAUCGGACCUUCCCUUCCGCCAAAUCACCGAGAUGACGAUUCUCACUGUGCAGCUUAUUGUCGAGUUCGCCAAGGGCCUGCCGGGCUUCGCCAAGAUCUCUCAACCUGAUCAAAUAACACUAUUGAAGGCCUGUUCGAGUGAAGUGAUGAUGCUUCGAGUUGCGCGGCGUUACGACCCGGAGACGGAUAGCGUGCUGUUCGCGAACAACAAGGCGUACACGCGCGACAACUACCGCAAGGCCGGCAUGGCGUACGUCAUCGAGGAUCUCCUCCACUUCUGCCGGUGUAUAUACACCAUGUCGCUCGACAACGUGCACUACGCCCUCCUCACAGCCAUCGUCAUAUUCUCAGACCGGCCCGGCCUCGAGCAGCCGAAGCUCGUGGAGGAGAUACAGAGAUACUACCUGAACACGCUGCGGAUGUACAUCGUGAACCAGCACAGCGCGUCGCCCCGCUGCUCCGUCAUCUACGGCAAGAUCCUCUCCGUGCUGUCGGAGCUGCGCACCCUCGGCAUGCAGAACUCGAACAUGUGCAUCUCGUUGAAGCUGAAGAACAGGAAGCUGCCGCCGUUCCUCGAGGAGAUAUGGGACGUGGCGGACGUGUCGACGACGCAGCCGCCGCCCAUCGUCGACAACCCGGCGGAGCUC